AAGCCACACACGAUUCAGAUUCAAAUUCAAAAAUAGAAUACAGCACAGCAAUGGCGUCGCAAAUGAAGGGUUUCUUCAGAGAGAAGAAGAAAUUGGGUGUCUCCAAAUAUCCGAAAUCAUCGAAUAAAACUGCGAAGACAAAACACUCGGGGACCUGCGGCGCCGAUGUUGUUCAGCCUCCAGCUCUUGUCGGCCAUGGCUCCUUCGAUCUUCAAGACGAGUAUGAUGACAAAGAAGAGGUUCUGAGGCAAUUUGACAUGAAUAUGGCUUACGGGCCAUGCAUAGGGAUGAGCAGACUUGAGCGCUGGAAUCGAGCUAAGGUCUUGGGCUUACACCCUCCAGAAUUAGUCGAGAAUCUGCUUAAGGCAAACGUGGCCAGCUCAGAAUGCCUGUGGAAUGGACGUGUUUAAGUUGGAGCUCAUUUUCGUUGCUUGCUGCUUGUCAAGGCCUUGUACUUCUUAUCCUCUUAUGUGCUUUAUCUGUCUGUAUUGGUUUGCUUCAAUUUGUUUCUUGUUGAUGCAUGCCUAUCCAACUUUAUCUUCUGCUUAGGUGAAACUUGCAAUUAAACCUAUAAUAUGUGUAUUCAUAUGUUUCAAGCCGCAGCACUGUGCUUAUAAUAAUUUAGUCCACUUAUGCUCUAGUUUGAUUUGUGUUUUCAUUUGAUAGUCCUUCAUUUUACUUAAAUUGCCAAAUUCAGUCGUGUUUCUUGUUCGAUUUUUGCUAUUAGCGGGACUGGCUUGUACGUGAGGCGAGAAAUAUGGGCUGGGUGCAUUUGAAAUACUAAAAAGAAAAGAAAAAGAAGAAGAAGAAGAAGAAAGAAAAACACAGUCAUGUAUCGAUAUUGUGA